GCUGAGGCUGCCUUUCCGCAGCGACCCCGCUGAGCGUCUAGACCGGGGAGCGCGCGCUUCACUCCAGACUCGGAGGGGAGCGCAGGCGAGCCGCCGUUCCCACCCCCACGCCUACCAGGUGCGUUGAUCGUCGCUAUCCUGUACCCUGCCAGCGGUGUCCAGUCAGUCACCCAGGCUGUCAGGGACAAAGGAGGAGUAGCCCGGGCCAGCCGGAGACCGGACACGUAAGCCCCUUGCGGACCCUCGCAUUGCCCUGGGGGAAGAUCGUUGCGUCCCGUUAGCUAGCAGAUAGCUAGAGCCCGGAACCCCAAACCUCUAGUCUGGACUGUAUACCUGCGGUGACCCUUGCCAGAGAGGGACUGACCCAGCCCGGGUUCUGCAGCCCACCCCGUCCGUUCUCGGGCUCUCUCCCGCCCCAAGAUUAGCCUCCGCUGGCCAGCGCCAUGACCAUGAACCUUCUGCAAGAUUGGUGCAAGGAGUUGGAAGUGGAGGUGCACAGGGCCCUGCUCAUCACGGGCAUCCCUGAGCGCUUACAGCAGGCAGAGAUCGAAGCCACCUUGAGGCCGAACUUGCAGUCCCUGGGCAACUAUAGGCUUCGCACUGUGAGAGCUGUGACCAAGGAGAAGGCUCAGGCCGCCCUGGUGGAGUUUGGGGCAGACAUCGAUCACUCUGCAAUCCCCAUCCAGAUUCGAGGAGACGGUGGCAUCUGGAAGGUUCUGAGUAAGGACCGCGGGCAAGAUGCGCGGGUCCUUAGGCAGAUGAGGCGCCUGUUGCUGGAUGAACGGCCCAUGGAUGACUUCAGAGAAAUAGCCAUCCCGCUGGUAUUGGAGGCUCAGGCUCAGGCUAAGGGGUUGGGGAAGGAUACCAAGAAGGCUGCUGGCUCCUCCGAAGGGGCUGCUAGGAACGGCCGUCGGGGCCGUCGGGGAGGCAAGCGUCGAGCUAGAAGCCACAAGUUGACGGCUCAGAAGGGCAAGAAAAGGGGCCGGGGAGGGCGCCGAGCCAGGAGUGAGUCGUCUGACUCUUCCGAUGACAGCCUCGGUAUAGUCAUUGAGGAGAUCUACGCAGAAGACCUGAGCGUAGACGAAGACCAAAGAGCGCUGUACGCCACGCUCCAAGCAGCCGCCAAGGAGCUCACCAAGAAGUGGGCCUUUCGGGGAGACCAGGACGAAGGAGAUGGGCCCCGAGAGUUUUUGGCCCUUGUCACUGUCACCGACAAAGCUAAGAAGGAAGAGAUAGAAAAAGAUCUUCCCGGCACGGAGUCUAUCUGCUUGAACAUCAAAGACGAAAAGAGCGGGGUCCCUGAUUUAGUUGCGCUCCUAGCUGUGAGAGACACCCCGGCAGUGGAGGUAGAUAGUGAGGCAGAGGAUGAGGAAGAUGAUGAAGAGGACGACGACGACGACGAUGAUGAUGGUGAUGACGACGACGAUGAAGAGGAUGAUUCUGACAGCGAAUCUCUGGGAAAUGCAGAGAGAGAAAAGUUUGAGGGGGUGGACAACCCCGAGUUUGUGGCUAUCGUGGCUUAUACAGACCCCGCUGACCCCUCAGCCAGGGAGGAAAUGCUAAAAAUCGCUUCUGUGAUUGAGACCCUAGGCUGGGGCGAUAAAAAGGACAAAAAAGAUGUCCUUCCUCAAGUCCUGUCCGUCAUGGCCAAGGACACCUCUGGGCCCCGAGUAAAGGUAGAGGAGGCAGGCCGCCAGGUGGACGCCAUGGUCCUGAGGAAGGCCGAGGAAGACGGGAAUCUUCUAGAAUGUAUUUCUACCUUGGCCGAAGCAGAGAACUGCCCCAAGGGAAAGAAGUCUGGGUUGGGUCUCCUCAGAGGCUGGAGCGCUGAGGGCCACCAGGGUGGCCUCUUGGAGCUGGUGGCACUCCUCGCUGCGCAAGAUAUGGUAGAAGCCGUGAAAGAGGAGGAAGCCAGCAGGUGGGGAGGUGGUGGGAGUGGUGGCAGGAAGUGUGAUCACAGCCAGGGUGGUUUGUCCGAUGUCCUGGCUUUCCUGGCCUCCCAGGAGAAUCUAGAAUCCAACGAGGAAUCGGAGGAGGAUUCGGACACAGAGUCAGAGGGAGAUUCCGAGGACACUGACAGCGAAGAGUCAGAACCCGGUGACAGCGUGUCCAAGAAGCCCCGCGCCAAGAGAGCGCGCACCGGUUCCAAAGGCCUGGCUCCUGCUGGCGCCGGCGCCACCGCGGUCUCCGCUUCGUCCCGGGCACGCAAACCCCGGAGAGGUGGUCGCGGUCGUGGCCGGGGAGUCACUCCAGAGAAGAAAGCCGCGAGUGGGGCUUCAACGGAGGAUCAUGCGGGGAGCAACAAGAAGAAGAAGGCAUCUGCAGGCGCUGGGGCCCGUGCCAGGGCCGGCGAGGCCAAGGGGCAGCCGGCUGCUGUUCCCAAGUCUACCCGCGGGAAGAAAGCACGUAGGGGCCCAAGGAGGGCGCCCAAAUGCCGUUAGUGCCGCAGAUGUCACUACGAGCCCUGUCUCUUGUGCGUGGACUUUUCCUCCCCCGCCCCUCUUUCCUCCUCUUCUCUCUUCUCCCUGCAGUCUCUCUUCCGCUUAACAUUUGCUUUUGUGCUCUGCCGCAUCCCUAAGCUGUCUGUGGCCUGUGCCUAGCUUUCUUUCCCUCUCAGUCCCAUGAACAGAUGGCGUGAGCAAUCACUAUGGCAACAGCCUUGAUACAGCAGGGACAGAGACAAGACAUUCGGAUGCGGUGACCGCUGGGUGCGGAGGAGAAGUGGGC